AUGAAACUCUCUUCCCCUACCGUGAGCGCCGUUGCCGACAAAGAGGCCCAAUUCUCCUGGGAACUGUUGGAUUCCGGCCUUGAUCCUGCCAAAGGCCCUGUCACCAAGGAGUUCGGCUUCAUGCAUGACCCCAAGCCAAUGACUGCGGCGCCGACCCUACUGCCUUCACGAUGGAGGGAGCUUUGGCUGAACCUACCUCACCAUUAUGCACACGAGACCGUGCGUUCUUUCUGCAAUGAAGGUCUCGAGACUCUCAACGUCGAGGAAAUCCGAAAGCAGAGCGGGAACGGGUUGGCCUUCAUGAAGACCAAGAGUAUUGUCUUUUGCAUUGCACAAGCUUGGGUGGACUCAGAGAGAGUCAUUGCCGAAGAGAUGGACGAACCUCCCCCACUUCCAAAGACGCUGCAAUCGGCUAUGGACGACUUUGCCAGCCUCUGCGAGUGUCCCGAUUACUGCACUCUGGCAGAUAUGAGCCUGACGGCCUCUUUGCUUGUUACGGACAAGUUUGAUCCAAAGAGCUGCACCUUUGACGACUUUGUGCUGAUCUCUCCUGUCAACAACUCUGAGCGCCUCGAGGAAAUCGUAGCCAAUGACCGGGAAUCUGCGCGGGCACGGGCCAACGCCGAAAACCGAUUCCACAACACGCCGACCAUGAUGGAAUACCGUACGCAUGACCUGGUCCAAAUUGUUGCUCGUACUCAGCAACUUGUAUUUCAGUACGAAUCGAUCGAUGGAACCGAAACUGAGGAGCAAAAGGUCAUCAUCGCCGAGCUCCUCGGGUUGCUCGAGGCAGCUACGCAGAGCUUCCGACGGCUUCAAGAGGGCUUCGGUCUGCUCAACAAGAAGACUGUGGAUCCCGUGGUUUGGCACAGGGACAUUGUCAAGUACACAUCGGGAUAUGGAGGUCAUUUAGGCAUGUCUGGUCCACAAGCCCCGUGCAUCCACCUCAUUGAUGCAUUCCUGGGGCGGACUUCAUACAAGAGCGAGUUGGGUGACACUACGACAAAGACGUUUGCACAGAUUCAACACAAUCAUCGCGAGUUCAUUCGCAGUGUAGCGGCGGGUCCAAGUCUUCGAGAGUUCGCGCAGACACUCGAGAACGAGACCCCUGGGCAUCCGCUUGCCGAUGCUUUCAACAAACUCGUGGAUAACUUCACCAAUGGAUUCCUCGCCUUGCACAAGGGGCGAGCCAUCGAAUUUGCUCGCCAAGGCUUUAACGAAGCGGGGCCUCGAGAGUUCACUGCAGAGACAAGUUACAUCUGGCCAGCCACUAACAAUGUCACUAAGAAGCUCAAGGGAUUCUUUGACGAAGCGAGGCAGGAGCGCUCCAUGUUGAAGGUUGUCCGCAGUGGCGCUGAUGCGAACAAGCAAACUCGUUCAAACCGUUCUCACGGUCCGCAGAAGACUGUCCCCCUUCAGUGUCCCUUUAGCAAGCAACUCGUCGCGCAACCCAUCAAGUGCCCGUUCCACAAGUAA